AUGCUCUUCAUCUCUAAGCGGCGGCUGCGAAUUCUUGCUCUUGUGCUUGGGAUUGGCCUGCUUGUUUCUUUGAGCGCUAGAGCUGUUGUGCAGUUCCAGUUGGGACAGGAAAUUGAACAUUAUAGAACGUUCUUUAAAACGCACAAGGACAACAUUCACGAUAUAUUCGAUCCAUUGAGCAUCAAACAAAUUCCAUAUGAGACAAUAAAUGCUUUAUAUGAGAGUCGAAAGGCUGAAGGCAGCUCGCGAAAAAGCACGAUUGCGUGGGACAAUUAUGCGUACGUCAACUAUGUGACAGAGCCGGAGUAUCUCUGUAACACUGUCAUGCAAUUCAAAAGACUCAAAGAACUAAAGACUAAGGCUAAACUUGUCGCUUUAAUUUCUAGAGACUUGGUCGAAUCAGAAAACGAAGACAAGCGCCAAACUGCUGAAAAACUCAUCGCCAAAUUGAGUGAACUAGCCCCUGAGCAAGUGAUUGUUAAGACUGUUGAUAACAUCGUCAAACCCGAGGAUUCGUCGCCCUGGAAAAAAAGUCUCACAAAGCUACUAGUUUUCAACCAGACUGAAUUUGACCGUAUAAUUUAUCUCGACAGCGAUGCUGCUGUAUACAGUAACAUGGAUGAGCUAUUCUUCCUUCCCUCAUAUGUUACUUUUGCUGCCCCUUUGACCUACUGGUUUUUGUCAGACUCAGACUUGGAGGAAGCUAAAGCUGAGAUCCGUGCUGCCGAUAAGGCUACCGUAAAAUUGGAGAACAUUAUCAAUAGUGUUAAUACUCGGGUUAGAAAGGGUCAACAGAUUUACAAUCACUUGCCAGUUCUGCCCUCUUCCUUGGUAUUUCACUCUAGUAAUGUUGGGAAGGAAAUAUUGGACUCCACUUCUUCAGCAUCACCUUUAUUCAGAUUAGGUAGUGGCACUCGCAGAGCAAAAGUGAGGUUUUCAUCCAAUUUGAUGGUGAUAACUCCGAAAACUGGCACAUUUGAUAGUAUUGUACAAUACUUGCUUCCUGUGGCAAGCAGGCAGAAGGACCAAUACGAUAUUGAUUUGAUUAACAAUAAACUAUACAACCUAAAAGCGAUAAUUCAUGAGCAGUUUUUGCUUUUUCGCAAACUCAAAUCCGCUUUCACGCCAGAGGUGAUGGUCCUACCCUUUAGGGAAUACGGUCUUCUUUCGAGUUCCAUUAAGAACAAAAUGCACCAUGAGUUGCUCGCUAACGAACUCUUAGGUUAUGAGGGGGGGCUAGCUUCCUCUGAAUCGUCAUGGAAAGAACUUGUUAAAAAAUCAAAAUAUAUUCAUUACUCAGAUUGGCCUGUGAGCAAACCAUGGCUUUAUGCUAAAUUUGAUCAACUUGAAUGUCACCCCGAAACUAAUGCGGACGAGGAGAAGGAAAUGUGCGAAGUUUGGAACUCGGUUUAUCGAGACUACUGGGACUCUAGGUACAUUUGCCAGCUAUAA